CUUUCUGAUUUCAACAUACCUGGGCCAGGGAGGCACAGACACCAAUAAAAAGGAACAGGACUUGAGGGAAGGAUAAAAAUCAUCAGGAGAGAGGGGAAUGAGCCUGGCCAACAUGGGACAAGCAGCAAUCUGGACAGGCUCUGCUGCUAAACUGGUCUGCUACUUCACCAACUGGUCUCAAUAUAGGUCUGGCCCCGCAGCCUUCCUCCCCCAGAAUGUGGACCCCUCCCUUUGCACUCACCUUAUCUAUGCCUUUGCUGACAUGAAGGAUCACCGGCUUACCACAUCUGAUCCAAAGGAUGUACAGUUUUACAAGGAUUUGAACAGUAUGAAAAUCAGGAAUCCCAACCUGAAAAUCCUGUUGGCCAUUGGAGGCUGGAAUUUUGGCACUAAGAAGUUCACAGACAUGGUGGCCAGGCCUGAAACCCGCCAGACCUUUAUCCAAUCAGUCAUCAGUUUCCUGCGUCAACACAAUUUUGAUGGCUUUGACCUUGACUGGGAGUACCCAGGCAGCCGGGAUAGUCCUGCUAUAGACAAGGAGAGAUUCACAGCUCUGGUAGAGAACCUGCACGACGCCUUCCUCCAGGAGCGUCAGAAACCAGGAAAGAACCGGCUCCUUCUGAGUGCGGCGGUUCCUGCAGGUCGAUACCAAGUGGAUCGUGGCUAUGAGGUCCAGAAAAUUGUCCAGGCUCUAGAUUUCAUCAACCUCUUGACCUAUGACUUUCAUGGAACUUGGGAAAGAACUACUGGUCACAACAGCCCCCUGUACAGGAGGCAGGCCGAGAAGGGAGGAGCAGCUGAAGCCAAUAUUGAUUUUGCCGUGAACUAUUGGCUGGAGAAGGGGGCCCCAGCAAGCAAAGUGAUCUUGGGCAUGCCCACCUAUGGACGGAGUUUUACCCUUUCUUCCCCUUCGGACACAGGGGUAGGGGCCCUAGCUUCUGGGGCUGGGACUCCUGGCCCUUUCACAAAAGAGGGAGGCCUGUUGGCUUUCUAUGAGGUGUGCUCCUUGAAGAAUGCUACUUUCCACCAGAUAGAAGAGCAAAAGGUACCUUAUGCCAUCCAAGGAAACCAAUGGAUAGGCUUUGAUAAUGUGGAAAGCCUCAAAACCAAGGUUGGAUAUCUGAAACAAAAGGGACUAGGUGGGGCCAUGGUCUGGGCCAUAGACAUGGAUGACUUCAAGGGCACCUUCUGCAACCAGGGCCCGUACCCACUCAUCCAGACACUGAAGAGGGAAUUGGGCAUCUCAUCUUCAAGCAAGAGCCCCACUACAACCCAGCCCACUCCAAGAGGAAAUGCCUUCUGUGAGAACAAAAGUAACGGGUUUUACCCCAAUCCUGAGGACCACACCACCUUCUACAACUGUGCAGAGAAUCAGACAUUCAGACUCUCGUGCCCUGAGGGACUGAUCUUUAGGGAUUCCUGCAAGUGCACUUGGCCUUAAGUUCAGAAGCUCCCUCUGCCAACCUUGGAGAGUCGUUCUUGGUCCUCAUUGCAACCAACCAGCCUGCUCCCUCUCCUAAGAUGCUGCUCUGUCCCAGCUCAGAGCCCUUGCAUGAGUAGGGAUUCAGGUGUUCGUGGCUGUAUUACAUACUCUCGAUUUCGUUUUUUCCUUAUUAGCCCCAGAUUUGUGCUUUGGGCUCCCAAGGAGCCUCCGACAAUUGUAGUCCCCUUUUCUCUUAUGGGAAAACCAUAAAGCUAAGACUGUCCCUACACGUUUCUUUAAUCUCUCACUGAGGAUCUCAGAGCUUCAAUCAGACUUCAAUUUAACCUUACUAGUAAGUAAGUAUUAGCAGAGACCAUAGGGGUAACUAGGAUAGAGUAAAUGGCCCUUUCCCCCAGGUGCCACCAAAUCAGUACCACAGGCAUAGGGAGCAAGGUGACAGAACCACACACAGAUGGGUGAUGGUGUGUGUCUGGGCACAUCUUCCACUGAGCCUUGACACCAUUUCCCCACUGCUCACCAGGUCCUGGGGAAGUUGGAGGCAGGCAUCUCCUUUAUUUGCAGGCCUUGUACCUAAGCUGAGGCCAGGAGGAAGGGAGCUGGGGUAGGGUAUGGAGAGGGAAGAAGUGAUAGUUCCCAAUUUGUAAGCCCCUCCAUAGGUUAUGUGAGGACUCAGUCCUUAAGAACAGUGGUAUUCCUGCAGUUGUCAUGGGUCAGAGCAGGAAGGGGCAAUGGGAUGAUUUGGGGAGACUGCUGCCAUAAAUUCCCAUUCCUUUGGGUUUAUGGGUCCCAGAACCUUUUCUCAGAGGGAUAAUAGCAGGGUUGGAUAAUAGAGUUAGGAUUGCACAUGGUUCACCAAUAAUGUGCUCUCUUUGACCAGCCCUUUCUCACACACACACACACACACACACACACACACACACACACACACACACACACACACAGUGGAAGUAAGAUCCCUGGGGCAUACAUGCAUCAGCUUGGUCAGGGCUCGGUCAGUGAAUGAACCCAAAGCCUUCACAUCAUCCUGGACGAUCUGGUUCUUUGGCAUCUCCCCCACCAUCAGCAUAUACUUGAUGCAGACAGGGAGAGUUGUGAUGGAGGGAAGGAGCAGGUGGGAGGGGAAGGGUGCCAGAACUCCCCCAUUUCCCCCACAUCAUCUAGGGCCCCCUAGACCUCUCCAGUUUCUCUGGCUUCUUCUUCCUCUCCUCCCACUCAUUUCUCAACCCUUUGCAAUUUGGCUUCUGACUUCAUAAUUUAACUGAAACUCUCCAAAGUUACCAAUCAUCUAAUUGCCAAAUGCAAAGGCCUUUCCUCAAUCCUCCUCCUUCUCGAUCUCUCUGUGGCUUUUGACCCUGUUCACCCCCUUCUCCUCCUUGAUGCUCUCUACCCUAGAGACGGCUGGUGGCCAGUGGAGAGAGCACUGGGCCUGGAGUCAGGAAGACCUCCAUUUAAAUCUGGGCUUGGUACUUGCUAGCUGGGCAAGUUCCUUCAACGCUGGCUAUCUCAGUUUCCUCCCCUGUAAACUAGGAAUAAUAAUAGCACCUCCCUCAUAGAGUUGUUAUGAGAAUCAAAUGGCCUAUGCAGCCUCCGGCACUCCAGGCCCCAAUUACCAACUGCCUGUUGGAUAUUAAUGCAUUCAUUUA